AUGCGUGGGCUUUGUGAAUAUUGCGGAGAUAACUUGAAUUGCGGUAACAGCAACUUUGCUCGCCGCGCCGAGUGCUUCAAGUGCGGUUCUGCGCGCCCCGCCGACGCGGGCGGCGGCGGCGGCGGGCGGGAGGAUCGGUAUGGCGGCGGAAGAGACGACAGGGGGGGUGAUCGCUACGGGGGUGGGAGAGGCGACGACAGGGGGGGGGAUCGCUACGGUGGCGGGAGAGGGGAUGACAGGGGCAGGGGAGACGACAGGGGGAGGGGUGAUGACCGCGGGAGAGAUGACAGGGGAAGGGGGGACGAUAGGCGUGGGAGGGAUGACAGGCGCGGCGGGGACUACGGGUCUCGCGGAGGGGACCGCGACGGGGGGCGUGGGGAUGGGGGCCGGGGGGGCAGUGAUUAUGGCGGGCGCGGUGGGGGAGACUAUGCGCGGGACGACAGGGGCGGUGGCGGAGGGGGAGGGGGCUCCGCGGGCGGGGGAUACGGGGGAGGAGGGGGAUAUGGGGAGGACGCCGGGGCCGACAGCGGGGGCGGGGGGGGAGCGCCGGGGGUGAAGCAGUGCGACGAGAACUGCCCCCCGGAUUGCGACAACGCGCGGAUUUACAUUUCCGGGCUCCCCAAGGACGUCACCGUUGACGAGCUGUGCAACCUGUUCGGCGGCAUUGGGAUGAUCGCGCGCAUCAAGCAGAAGCGCGGGUACAAGGACCAGUGGCCGUUCAACGUGAAGCUGUACACGGACGAGAGGGGGCAGAACAAGGGCGACGGCGUGCUGACGUACGAGGACCCACAGGCCGCCCACAGCGCCGGUGGCUUCUUCAAUGGUGAGCUGGUGCUUGUGGUUGCUCUAAGAGGGUGUGUGCAAGUGGCCGUUCAACGUGAAGCUUUACACAGACGAGAGCGGGCAGAAGGGUAA